AUGUCAUCCAAUACUCACAACAAAGCGAAUGGCGUUAUGAAAUCGAGUGACCCUCUCCCCCUCACAGUCGACGAACUCACCGCUUCUUGGUUUACCAAGAUUCUCGGUCAUUCCGUCAAGGACGUGAAUGUCGUGGAGGCAAUUCACGGUACCGCAUCGAAGAUCCUGAUCCAGCUGACCUUCGAAGAUGCCAACGAUAACGCCCCGACAAGAGUAUGCGUCAAAGGUGGUUUCAAUCCAGCUCUGGUUGCCUCUCUUCCGUUCAUGUUUGCGAUCUACCGACUCGAAGCCGAAUUCUACCAUUACCUUGCUCCGAAACUCGAUAUACCUCUUCCUCCUAUACUUUAUACUGGCACAGAUACCGUCAAUGGGCAGGGUAUAUUUGUAAUGGGCGACCUCAAAGCCCAAGGUUACACCUUUGGAAAUCCCCUCGAACCUUGGCCUGUUGAUCGGGUCAGGUCGAGUGUGAUGCAGUUGGCUAUGCUGCAUGCCAGCACUUGGGGCAAUGAUGGGAGUGAUAUUCCAUCUCUGAAAGAGACAGUUUCCCUCAGGGAUGCCAUUGUCGGCCUCGUAGCGCCUGGAGAAUGGGGCAAGCGAUUUGCUCCAGAAUGUAGACCUCCGGUACCGGAGUUCAUGGAAGAUCGCGAACGCAUCACCGUCGUGUUUCAAGCUCUGUGGGACUCUGAAACUAAGUUGAAUUGCCUCGUGCACGGAGACGCACAUAUCGGGAAUACAUUCAUCUCCCCUGCAGGAGAACCUGGUUUUUUGGACUGGCAGGUCAUUCACGCAGGAUCAGCUAUGCACGAUGUAGCUUACUUCAUCAUUGGCUCGCUUUCAGUUGAAGAUCGUCGAAACCACGAGAAAGACCUUGUGCAGUCCUGGCUCGAUGCCCUGCAUGGAGCGGGUGGACCCAAACUUCGGUUGGAAGAAGUAUGGAGUGAGUACAGGAGGCAAGCCUUUCACGGAUUUGCAUGGUCUCUCGCUGGACCGAUGAUGCAGAGCCGUGAAAUUGUUGAUGCAAUGACCGAAAGACACUGUGCGGCGAUUGUCGAUCAUAAGAGUAUAGAAUUAUUAGAGGGACUGGAGAUGUAG